CAGACAUAUUGUAGUCAACUUGGAGUACCACUCUAGGAACCCGGCAGAUUCCGCCAGACCCUCUACCACUUUGGCAUGUAGUGCUUUGGACGGCGGUGUCAUAUUUUGCGAUGCUUGCAAACCUUUAAGUCUCCGCAUAGUCUUGAUACAUCGAGCAUUUACAUCAGCAGUAGUUGAUGAGAUCAAUCCGGCCCCAGUCAGAAACUCAGAACACCUAGGUCAACACAAACAAACAGUCCAACGCUGACAUCAAAACAUUCACGGUUGCAGUCCUCCUUUACACUCACUCAACCAACCCGUGUGGUUGAGGAUUCGUGCUGCUGUACGUAUUGUAACUAUACAUGGAUUGUGAGGACAGCAGGAGAGAAAUUGAGAGCUAGUGAAGUGAGAUGAUUAGAGAGAGCAGAGAAUUAGCAAUGCCACCCAGUCAGAGUAGAAGUAGCAAGUCUGCCGAGGAUUCGAAUUCGGGCGGUAGAGCGAGUAGCGCAAGCGCCAAGUACAUAGACAUAGACAUCGACAACGACAUGGUUGUCAAAGCGCUCAUAGAGAAGCGAUCUUCCCACUCCCGUAACGGACGCCAAGCGCCUCCAGUCGGCGUAGUGCACACCUGGGGUGGCGCGACGGACUUGCAUAUUAAUCUGCAGAUUGAAGUGGGAGACCGCAACUUUCUCCUUCACAAGUUUCCGCUGUUGUCGAGGAGUGGGAAACUCAACCGUCUAGUGUUUGAGUCACGCGAUACGGAGAAGGAUCGCAUAGCACUGUCGGACAUUCCAGGGGGAGCCGAGGCCUUUGAAUUAAUCGCUAGUUUUUUAUAUGGCGGGAGGCUCGAGCUUAACCCAUCCAAUGUCGCGACUGUCCGCUGCGCUGCGGAGUAUCUCGAAAUGUUGGACAAUGUCGGAGACGGCAACUUGGUUACGAAGACGGAGAACUACAUGAAUUAUGUCGUGAUGGGGUCAUGGCGGGACUCCAUCGCCGUGCUUAAGACAUGCUCUAGCCUUAAGCCCUGGGCUGAUGAUCUGGAGAUUGUGAGGCGGUGUAGCGAAUCAAUCGCUUGGAAAUGUAGCACUGAUCCUCAGGGAACCCGGUGGUCAUUUAACACCAAAGCGGGCGCCAGGGAGGCGCCGCGCGACUGGUGGUUUGACGAUGUCUGCUCGCUGGAUAUUGAUACGUUCAGUAAGGUGAUUCAUGGCGUGAUUUUGAAGGGGAUGAACCAGGCACUGGUGGGGGCAGCUAUUGAGUACUACGCCGAGAAAUGGCUGCAGCUAACCAAGGGCUCAGACAUGUCCACAACGUUGAAGCGAAAGGAGGAGUUACAAGCCAGUUUCAUGGCAUUCACAGGGUUCAAUCAGGAUAUUAUUGCCAAGGAUGCUAAGCAAGCGCAAACAAAGAAUCGAGCCAUUGUUCAAGGCAUUGUUAACUUGAUACCCUCUCAGCCGGAUUCUACUUCGGUCAAAUUUCUGCUCAAGCUGCUUCGCGUCGCGUGCUUGGUGAACGCUGGGUCCUUCUGCAGGACUGACCUGGCGAAACGGAUCGGUUCUCAGCUGGAAAAAGUUUCGUUGGAUGACCUGCUCAUUCCAGCCUGCGGAGAAUCCACUUACGACGUUGACAUUGUUCAGCAGAUUGUAGAAUUCUAUUUACAGGACCAGAGCUACGGAAACUCUCCACCAUUCAGUCCUAGAAGCGUUUUCGGCACCACUAGCACUACAAGCUUGAGUUCAAGCCUCCGAAGCUUAUCAAGUGUCUCAACCAGCGACUCGAGUGGCUCCAGCGUGACAACUGAAAUUAGCACGAGUUCUCGCAGCAUUUCUGGCUCCAGCGCCUCCGAUUCGAGCAGCGUCAGGACCAGCGACACAGGCUCUAGCACCAACGGAACCAGCUCAAGUUUGUCAUCACGACGCAGCAGCUUAAGUUUCGUAAGUUCAUCAUCUGAGACGUCUAGCACUUCCACUCGAAGUGAUCACAGUCGAACGAGUUCCAUUGCAUCCAGUGAGACCAGCUCAUCAGCACUUUCCAGUGACGAAAGUGUGAAGCUGGAAAAGAAGUUUUAUGUCACAGAAGGACCCACCGGUCGUAGAUUUCAACUGCCUCUUACCACCAUGAAUUUCAAAGUGGCUCAACUUUUGGAGACAUACCUCGAAGAGGUUGCGAAAGACUCCAGCAUUCCACUUGGCAGAUUUAUCUCGCUCGCUGAUCUAGUCGCAGAAUUUCCACGCGACUCAGAUGACGCUCUUUAUAAAGCUAUCGACACAUUUCUUAGGUCUCACCCGACGCUAACAGAGUUGGAGCGGAAGAAGCUUUGCCGUGUGAUCGACACGGGAAAUCUCUCGCUAGCGGCGUCUGUGCAUGCUGCUUCAAACGAACGACUACCGCUGCGCGUCAUCGUCCAGGUGCUCUUUAGCGAGCAAAUCAAGCUACGAAAUGCGAUGACAGGAAACGAUGUGGUCAACGACAAAGAAUUGGACAACGGUCUCUCCAGCUUCUCCUCCACAACUUCAAGAACGGAAUCUUCCAUUGAUCCGACCAGCAGUACGAACUCCAGCUCCAGUGUCCCCACAAAAUCGCGUUGCAACAGUAUUUCCAGUGCUAGCGGAUUGAAUCUUGGCAUUGCAAGUCCAAGCGUCGCCAGUACAGUUAGUUCUCAGUUGCUGGGCGGGUUGUCAAUAAAGGAGACGCUGAGGUUUGUACUUGCCGAGGUAGAGUCUUUGCGGAAAUCAAUUCUAGACAUUGAAACUGUUAAGAGCCGCCUCAAUGUCAUAGAUGCGCUUCGAAUGGACAUGGAAAACCUCUCUUUGAGAUUCCACGAAAUGUCACACGACUACACUGGGAUGACACAGCAGGUGGAGGAGCUUACGCGAGGCUCGAAGUCAAAGUCAGGAUGGAGCUCCGGAUGGAAGAAAGUGACAAAAUCUUUUCAAUCGAAGGAUCAUCAUGACAACACUGUGAAGGCAGUAGCAGAGCAACACAAGAUAGAGCCACCGCUCCUGCCUCGAAUCAAGGUAAGCGAACCCACGGAUGGGUCUGGUCUUCCUGCUUUAAAGACAUCAAAAUCUGAUGCUCUGCUCUCGAAGACGCCGAGAGCGGACACAACUCUUCUUUCCAAGACCUCGGGGGCGGAUCCCCUCUCAGCUCCCAAGACACCUAAAGCAGCUGACCUCAAGUUACAACUUCCGAAGACGCCGAUAUCAGAUUCCAAACCGACGACGGGGGUUGUAACUCCCAGCGUACCCGUGAAGAUCGAAGUGAUCGAGACUCUACCACAAAAACACUUGUCGAAGGUGGCUCCGGAAACUCUGAAGGAAGAAGCGCCAUUGGUGCCCACCACGCGACCUGAGAAAGAUGUAGCACCAGAGACGAAUUGCACCAGAGAUGGAAGUUACGAGGAUCGUCGUAAAGAGGAGUGUGCCAUCACUAUCCAUCGCAGACGAAUGAGCCGAUCGUUGUCUCUCGAUCACGUCCACCCUCGUCGUCGCAACAAGGAAUUGGACUCAGUCUCAGUCACUAGCACAAGCUCUCACACUACGACAUCAACGACGAUAAGCAGUCACAGCGACUACCGACACCGACAAUACAGAGAUUAUUCAGAGGAUCGUCAUGACAAGAUCGCAGGUCACAGAGAUUCUUCUCUCAAUAGACAUCGCUCUCGUCACCACAAAAGUAGUGUCCAUAGAUCUGAACAGAGCUCAGGGCACGGACGGCAUGGGCGGCGAGACGGGUCGGAAGAGCAUUCUCGUCGUAAUAACCACCAUAGCCCGGAGCACUCCCACCGAAAACAUCGUCAAAAAGAAGGUCCAGGGCAUUACUACGUAGGUCAGAAUGGCCACAAUCACAAGGACCAACACUCCGUGGAUUCCCAUCCUCGGCAAAGCAGUAAAGACGCUCCCUCUCCCUCUCCUGUCCAUCAUAGCAGCCACCCACGUUACAAGGAAACUCCAGAUAAUCGUUCCAGCCAUCGUAGGAGCCACCGCAAGGAAUCGAGCAAACACUCGAGCCAGCACCAUCGUCACCGCAGACACCGUCCUAAGGAGGUAUUCACUGAUUCAGAUUCUAGCACCGACUCAGGAACUAGGAGAAGACAUCGUUGACGUGGUUCUGGAUAAUUGUUCUCGGAUAGAGUCGUUUGUAAGUAGAUUCCUGAAGACUCGAGCACAGAAUAUGAUUUGCAAAAUGGUAAUACCUUGUACAUUCUUCUUGUUUGGAGUGCACAACUAUUGGGAAGUAGGAAAUUAGAGAUCAGAUUAGUUGAAUUCCCGAACUAGGUGCUGACUCUGCGAUAACUAGGAGAAGUACCUUUACCAUUAUUUUGUUCAUACAAUUGGUUUCAUGAUUUUAGCGUCGUGAUUGAUAGUACCCUUGCAGAACAUCCAAUACUAGAUUUUUUACUCCAUGACGGGUUUCAUCUUCCAAUAACAUUGUCGAUACGAGCUACGACAUCAUUUACCUUCA